GGGACGGGGCGCAGCGCUCCCCGCAGCGCCAUGGAGCCGAGCGCGCGGGAGCCCCUGCUGAGGAAUCCCAGCUCCACGUACCGGACCCUGCCCCGGAGCGCUGCCAGGAGGCUGGACAAGGAGUACCUGGACAGCCUCCACAACAAGCGGCUCUACCUGGCCGCCUUCGCCGCGGUCCUGGGCAACUUCAGCUUCGGCUUCGCCCUGGUUUACCCGUCGCCCGUGAUCCCCGUCCUCGAGGCGUAUCCCGUGCCGGCCCUGGCGCUGGACCCACACAAAGCCUCCUGGUUUGGGUCGGUGUUCACGCUGGGGGCGGCCGCGGGAGGCCUCAGCACCAUGGUCCUCAACGACCGCCUGGGCCGCAAGCUCAGCAUCAUGUUCUCGGCCGUGCCGUCCGCCGUGGGCUACGCGCUGAUGGGCAGCGCGCAGGGCGUCUGGAUGCUGCUGCUGGGGCGAGUGCUCACGGGCUUCGCCGGCGGCAUCACCUCCGCGUCCAUCCCGGUCUACAUCUCAGAGAUCUCCCACCCCGGCGUGCGGGGCCUGCUGGGCGCCUGCCCACAGAUCAUGGCUGUGCUGGGCUCCCUCGUCCUGUAUGCGCUGGGUCUGGUGCUGGACUGGCGCUGGCUGGCUGUGGCAGGGGAAGUGCCGGUGCUCGCCAUGAUCACCCUGCUCUGCUUCAUGCCCAACUCGCCCCGGUUCCUGCUCUCCCAGGGGAAGGAGGACGAAGCCCUGGCAUCGCUGUGCUGGCUCCGGGGCAAGGACACGGACUAUGCCCAGGAGUACGAGCAGAUUAAGGACAGCAUGAGGAAGCAGAGCAGGCGGAUCUCCUGUGCAGAGAUCAAGCAUCCUUUCAUUUACAAGCCCAUCUUGAUCUCCGUGCUGAUGAGGUUCCUGCAGCAGCUCUCUGGAGUAACCUGUGUCCUCGUGUACCUGCAGUCAAUAUUCAAGAAAACCUCUGUGAUUCUGAAACCAGAAUAUGAUGCAGCUCUUGUCGGACUCAUUCGCCUCUUCUCAGUCGCGAUUGCUGCCGUGUCAAUGGAUAAAGCUGGGAGGAAGAUUCUGCUCUUUGUAUCAGCUGGUAUCAUGCUGGCCUCAAACCUGACCAUGGGGCUCUAUGUCCACUUCACAUCAUCUUCCCUUAAUGGUACCACCACCAACGAGACCCUGGUGAGCUUGGCCAGCCACGAAGCUCAGCCGAUGAACUACAUCACCCUCAUCCCCCUCCUGGCUACCAUGUUCUUCAUAAUGGGCUACGCCAUGGGCUGGGGUCCCAUCACCUGGCUGCUGAUGUCGGAGAUCCUCCCUCUGAAAGCCCGCGGGGUGGCCUCAGGCCUCUGUGUUGUCGUGAGCUGGCUGACCGCCUUCAUGCUGACCCGGUUCUUCCUGCCUGUCGUGGAAAACUUCGGCCUCGAAGUGCCAUUCCUCUUCUUCGCCAUCAUCUGUGCUGGGAACUUCCUAUUUACAGGCUGCUGUGUCCCAGAAACCAAAGGCAGGUCCCUGGAACAGAUCGAGUCCUUCUUCCGGACUGGCAGGAGGUCGUUCAUGAGGUAGGAGCUCCUGCCUGCCCAAUGCGCCAGGUCACCAGCCCACAGGAUUAAGGGAUAGAAAUCUUCAUGCUGCUACAGCUGGAAGCUGGAGUUCUCCACAAAGAACGUGCUCCCUCCAAGGGGAAUUGAGGAGGUGGCAAUGAGUGACUUACUUUGGGUAUAGACAUUCCCAUCUGGAAGGUGACCUUUUCUUCCCAAGACAUUCAACACUAUCUAAGAAUCCAGGGCUCUCCAGGCAGCAAAUCAACCUGAGGUAUAGGACCAGGUCUAGUGCUAGGCUGGAAACAAAGAUGUUCUACCAAUAAAACAUGUGGCUGCAGACAAGAGCCCUUGUACUGCCCCUGCACAGUGGCCACCAGAGCAGCUCAAGAGCCACAGGGCUUGGUUGAAACACAGUUAAC